UCGCGCGCUGUCGGUUGUGACGUAGCGUCUUUCCUUGUCCCUCUUGUCACGUGACAUGACAACCGCUUGUGAAAAAAUCUUGGAAUCGAAAUCCUUGUUUUUCGAGCCUUUGACCGACCGAGCUAACAUUUUAUUAUCGAAUAUGAACAUUAAGCGUGUUCCGUAAAAGUUUAUGAGCAGUUAGCUGAGGAAGAGUCUCGAAGAGUGUGUCUAGAGGUGUACACAGAGAGAGAAUUAAUGUUGUUGAGGUCGCAGGAUGCCCCGCCGGAAGCGCACAUCGGAUGAAGGCGGAAGAAGAGCGAAAGUCAGCAGAGUGGAGCACAAUGAAGAGACCCUGGUCAUAUCUGAUUCCGAACAUGAAGAGGAGGAAGAUUGCUCAUUUAAACGGUCCUCUCGGACAGCCCGGUGGAGACGAAGGGAGAAUGAGUCUAAUCUACGAGAGAUGACAGAAGAAGAGAUGCUGGACCUGGCCAUGAAACUGAGUGCUCAGGAAGCAAACAGUGCUGCCCAGAGACAAAAGCUGGAAGACAACGACAUACAAAAAGCCAUAGCGGAAAGUCUUAAUGAAAGCACUGUAAAAGCAUCGGAGGAUCAAGAUGAAGCAGCCAGCUCUUCAAAUCAACCACAGCAGAACGUAACAAAUCCGAUGUUACGCAGACGAAAACUGUCAUACCACAGCCAAGAUCAGACACACAGUGACAAUGAGAGGGAACCGACUAGUCCGCUGCCAGAAAUGCCUGAUCUAUCACAGACGACCUCCUCGCAUCUUUCAACGACGGGCUCUCCAGCUCAGGUCUCCAGUCCUCCUGCUGCCACUCAGGACAAGGCUUCAGAUAAACAGACAGUCGUCAGCAACACUCCUGAACUCUUCAGAUCUAUCUCAGAGUCCCAAUCCCAGACAUCCCCUGCCUUCACCAGGCAUGGCAGCUUAAUUCGCCAGCCUGUAGUAUGUGUUGAGAAACUGAGUCAGGACCUCAUCCUGGCAAGCAGAGACUCAAACUUUCACACGCAGGACAGCGCUGCCGCUUCCAUUUGCGUUGACAGAUCUCCAUCCCCCAAGCAGGAAGAUUCGCCCUUUUCCAAAUGUCCAGUCUUCACUCAGAACAAUCUAAAAACUGAUUUGCUAGAGGACAAAGACGGCCGUAAAAAUGCUAACGCAAGUGAAGACUAUACUCAAAUAUCUGGUGAAGAUACUAAUUUACCAACACAAGUAAGCCAAGGUUUGAGCACAGAUCCAGAUACGUGCCUUUCACCUUCUGGAAGAUCCAAGCAAUCAAGCCCUAAAUGUGUGCCUAAAAACAGCAAUGAAGAUGUCACUGUACCAGGUAAAACCACUAAACUAAAGCAAGUAGAGGAUCAGACCACUCGGGGUGAGAAUGUAAAAUCUGACAAAGAAACUGUUCCAAAAACUCAGUCUUGGAAUGAAUUUACUACUCACAUGGUCUUGCAUUUAACAGAUGAUGAUGAAGAUGAUGGCAGCGAAGAGGCUCUUCCCCCCAGUCCAGUCUUGUGCAAGGAGAAAAUUUUUAAGCCAAUCAAGACUGAGCUUUCCCCAACGCAGUCCUGCACCUCACCAGCUACCGUCACACUCUGUCCUUCUAUACAAGAUACACAGAUGUCUCAGUCUGUCCUGGAGGAGGACUUAAAAGCAUCCAAAGUUGUGGAAUUCAAAUCUUCCGACUGUAAACCUCCCCAUACUUCAGUGAAAAAAGAAGAAUGCACUGUCUCUUACUACUGGGGAGUGCCUUUCUGCCCCAUGGGGCAAAACCCGGACGAGUACACACGUGUCAUCUUGUGUCAAAUGGAGGUGUACGAGAAGAGCCUGAAGGAGGCCCAGCGAGAGCUGCUGCGCAAAGUAGACUGGGGACAGCCAGUGUGUCCUAGCACAUCAGAGAGGCCGUUUGGUGCACGGAGAUGGAAGCGCCACAGAGCUCCUCAGCUGUCAGAGGAUGAGGAAGAGAAUGAAGAAGAGGGAGAGAAAGAAAAUAACAGAAUAGAUGUAGAAGAAGAGAAGGUUGAAGCCAAGGAAGGCUCUGUGGUGGGGUCACAGGAAGAUGCUGAGGGCAGACAAAGUGAAACAUAUGUAGUUUUGUCUUCUCCAGAGACAAAAGAUGAUCAAGUGGAAGAUGCUGAGGGCAGACAAAGUGAAACAUAUGUAGUUUUGUCUUCUCCAGAGACAAAAGAUGAUCAAGUGGAAAAAAGCCCUUACUUUAGCCAAGAGGAGCCUGUAACUGCCACUUUAAAUAAACCUUUCAGGAAAAAUGCUCCAUGGGAUAUCUCAGGUGAAACUCAAAUACAGUGUUCAGCUGAGCAGGAGGAAGAGGAGGCCCAGAAUCACGAGCAUUGUGAAGAGGAUGAGAUCAUUUGUCCAGAGACUCAGAUGACUCAAACCAGCACACCAGAACUAAUGGUGACCAGUCCUGCACAGCCCCAGUCUCGCGCUGACAGCGAGGUGAUGGAGGUAGAGGAGGGAGGAGGUGCUCCUGCCAUGGAAGAGGAGAUGAUGGAACAAGAGAGUGGUCCAGCAGAGGCAGCUUCUCUUCACAAUCAGAGGAUGGAAUGCCCCAUGUGCUCCAAAUUCUUUCCCCUCCACAGGAUAGAGGUGCACGCGGCUUUAUGUGAUGGUGAAGUAGAUCACCAAGAAGAACAAUCCCAAGUUGUUGCCAGAAGGAAAAGGACCAGAAGAAAUUUGACACAGGAAACUAUGCGAUCUGGCAAAUCAACGCAGGGUUUUUUUUCAGCCCAGGAGUAUUCAGAACAUGUCGAUUUGUGCAUUGAAAAGAAAGAAUCAAAAACAAAUCAGGAAAACGGCCUGCUUUCUGCUCUGGAUCGAAAAGAACGGAGACAUACUGGCACUGAUGAACCUGGACCAUCUGAUGUUUCUACAACGAGCAACUGUGGUCUUGCCGAUCCGGCUGUGAUGGGGUCUUCUCAAAGUGUAGAUUGCACAGCAAUGACUUCCUGUCCCAGAAACACUUUCACUCCUCAAUCAGAGAACACUGACUGCCUUAUUGACUCCUCGAAGAACAGCCAAAGACUCUCAAGAAAGAGAAAAUAUAAAAAAUAGUGUCUGCAUGCUUUUAGUACUACAUGUGUCCGUGCUUUUCAGUGCCUGUCCGUUUGUAUGGCUUUUUAUAAAGAGAAAAAUGCACACCUUGAUCUAUUUAAGUCUUUGUUGUCUUAUAAAAGUCUGUUAAAUGAUCUGGCACCUCAUUAAGUUUCUAUUAAAUGUCUCAUUUGAUAUUUGUAUCUAGCGAUCAUGCGUGUUUUUUUUUUUUCUCCAAAGUUCAAUUACAUUUGCGAUUGCUUGGUGAAUCUUAGUCAAAUUAUGAUCAGAAGUUUCAGAGGGGAGUUUUUUCCAUGCAACUAAACUACAGGUGGACAUAAUGAAAUAUUAAUAUGCUGAUCAGGUUUCUUUCUGGCAGGCAAGUUUAAGGAUCAGAGGUUUGGAAUCAGCCAUGUACGGUAUGUAAUGUAAUCAUUUGUGUGGUGAUAGCACCACCUUGUGGACAUUGCAUCUAUAUAAGGCAUUAUAAUUUGCCUUAGAUUAUAUUUACUUGGAAGACAGUCCAUCUAGCAGCCAGCUUGAUUAUUGAAUACUUAGGGUUGGGUUAGGGUUAGGGUUAGGGUUAGGGUUAGGGUUAAUUCGUUGCAAAAUUCGGUUAUAUCAGGGGUGGUGAACCUCGAUCCUGGAGAGCCGCAGCCAUACAGAUUCUUGCUUCAACCCUAGUUAAACACAGCAGAACAAGCUAAUCAAGGUCUGAAGGGUUACUAUAGGCAGGUGGCAGGUCUGAAGGAAGCUAUAGGCAGGUGAGUUUUAUUAGGGUUGGAGCUGAACUCUGCAGGGCUGUAAAGUUUGUCUUUUCCCACAAAUUUUGUAUGUAUGAAAAUUGUAUAAUAUCCAAGGUACACAUUUCUAGUAAUUGUGCAGUCAGUUCUCACAUUGUAUUUUCUGAAAGUUUUAAAAUAUUUGUCCUCUAAAUGUGUCACUAGUAACACAGUAAUAUAUAAUUUAAUAAGAAGGGUUAUUGACCUAUUAGGAUUUUGCUUACAUCUUCCUUGUAAACAUAAUUUAUUCUAUUUUAAUGAAAUAUUUCCAGAAGUAAAUCAAUAACAAUUACAAUUUUAACAAUAUUUCAAGUGUGGUUUAUGAGAUUUGUUGUAUUGUGAAUCCAAAUGUUUUUUUGUAAAAGGCAAAAAGUUGAUCAUACUGAUUUCAAGCUUAAGGAUUCAUUACAUUGAAUAUACACUUAACCAACUAUCAUAACAUCUUAGUUGAUAAUUCAGUAUACUUUAUUUUUGACAAAAUGUCACAUUAUUAGUAGUGACUAAUGUUUUGGUAGUGACCACAUCACAACAGAAUUUCAACCCACAUAAGAAAAAAAUUUGCAUAACUCUACUAAAAUUUUGCUUAUUUCCUACCAAUAAAGGAUUAUGUGUUUCC